AGGAAAAGGAAAAGGAAAAUAGAACAAAGACUUCUUCUUCUCCUCCUCUUUCUCCUUCUCUUGCUGUGUAUAAAAAAAGAAAUCUAUUUUCUCUUUCUUUGUCAAUCCUCAAUCUCAUCAUUACCAUUUUUUUCCAAUUCCCUGCUUCUUAUUCUGUUUUCAUUCUCAGAUUCUGAAGAGAGGUUGAAGCUGGUUCUGUUCUGUUGCUUGAAACUGACAAUAGAAAUGUAGGCAGGUGUUUGGAAAGGCAGAAAAGAAUAAAGGCUGAGAAGUGGCAGAUGGAACAAGAGAGCUUUUUUAUCGCUUUAUCAGUCGGGCAAAGAAAGGAAUCUAAUGGGUUAUUGUGUUAUUCUCGUUGACCGUCUUCCCUUCGUUGGAGGCCGUGACCCAGAAGCAGCCCCUCUUCCUCGCCCACUCCACUCUCCCAAGUCCCAACCCAUUCACAAAAGAAGAGGUGGUAGAGCAGCUGAAACAACAAUGGAGAAGGAUUUCGACUCUAAGCUUCGUCUUCAGCAAUCUAACUCUUCCGUUCAGCGAUCUAAGAGCUUUGCGUUUAAGGCCCCUCAAGAGAAUUUCACCAUCCACGACUUCGAAUUGGGAAAGAUCUAUGGUGUCGGUUCAUAUUCCAAGGUUGUUAGGGCAAAGAAGAAGGACACAGGAAAUGUAUAUGCUUUGAAGAUUAUGGACAAAAAGUUCAUCACAAAAGAAAAUAAGACAUCAUAUGUGAAGCUGGAACGUAUUGUGCUUGAUCAGUUAGACCAUUCUGGCAUUGUCCGGCUAUUCUUUACAUUUCAAGAUACCUUUUCUCUGUAUAUGGCUCUUGAAUCAUGUGAAGGUGGAGAACUUUUUGACCAGAUAACAAGGAAAGGUCAUCUGUCGGAGGAUGAAGCUCGUUUUUAUGCAGCAGAAGUUGUGGACGCUCUUGAGUACAUACAUGGUCUGGGAUUGAUCCAUCGAGACAUUAAGCCAGAGAACUUGCUACUUACUGCAGAAGGACAUAUCAAAAUUGCUGAUUUUGGUAGUGUAAAGCCUAUGCAAGAUAGCCGAAUUACUGUCCUUCCAAAUGCAUCCUCGGAUGACAAGGCUUGCACCUUUGUGGGAACAGCUGCAUAUGUCCCACCUGAAGUCCUUAAUUCUUCCCCUGCAACUUUUGGAAAUGACCUUUGGGCGCUCGGAUGCACCAUAUAUCAGAUGCUUUCAGGAACUUCUCCAUUCAAAGAUGCUAGUGAAUGGCUCAUUUUCCAAAGAAUUAUAGCCAGAGAGAUUAGAUUUCCAGACUACUUCUCUGUAGAAGCUAAAGACCUUAUUGAUAGAUUAAUGGAUAUAAAUCCAAGCAAAAGACCAGGUGCUGGACCUGAUGGUUACGCUGCACUCAAGAUGCAUCCAUUUUUCAGGGGAAUUGACUGGGAAAAUUUAAGAAAGCAGACUCCUCCAAAACUUGCUUUGGAGUCUAACACUGCUGAGGCUGAUGAUGUUCAGGACACUUCGUGGAACCCUUCGCAUGGUGGGGAUGGUUCAGUGAGAGCUAACGAGGGGACUGGUGGAGCAACGUCGUCUUCUGAAGCAACUGCUCAUGUUACCAGGCUUGCUUCCAUUGACUCCUACGAUUCCAGAUGGCAGCAGUUUCUGGAUCCUGGGGAGUCUGUUAUUCUGAUCUCAAUGGUGAAGAAACUGCGGAAGAUAACAAACAAGAAGGUGCAGCUUAUCCUCACUGACAAACCAAAAUUGAUUUAUGUGGAUCCUUCAAAGAUGACAUUAAAAGGGGUAAAAGGGAACAUGAUUUGGUCUGAUAACCCCAAUGACCUAAGCAUCCAAGUAUCAAGUGCUUCACACUUCAAGAUUUGUACGCCAAAGAAGGUGAUGUCAUUUGAAGAUGCAAAACAAAGAGCUUAUCAAUGGAAGAAAGCAAUAGAGGGACUCCAGAACCGGUAAUUUCUGGUUGGUGGAUUUAAGAACAUAUUCUUUGGAUGUCAGGAGGUUGAGCAACAUAAGGAUCCAAAAAGGAUCAGGUGCUUCAGAGAAUCCCACCCCCCCCACCACCUUUUUUUUUUUUUUUUUUUACUCGAAGAGAAAUAGAGUUGCAGGGCAUCCAUUUUAAGAUGUACCUCUUUCCCUCUCUGAAUUGUGGCAAUGGCCAUGACAGCUUUUGCAAGAAUCCCUCAAUAUAUGGUUACAUCACCAGAAGCUCUUAUCCUGCAUUGGGAGAGAGGGGGGGGGUGUUGUGUACAUCUAGUUGACUCGUCUAUUGUAGUCGAAAGAUGUUUGCCAGCAAUGAAAAUUUCUUUCCUUCAGAAGCAUUCAUGUAAUACAGGUUGAGAUUUCUACAUUUCUCUGUUCAAGCUCUUCAUGAUCUACA